UUACAUUAAGUAAAUACAACAAAAAAAACUCUCUAUCACACAGUAUUUCCAACUAGGAGAACAAAAGGGUUAACGACAGCCUUCUUUCCGCAUCCUUCGUGUUGUUGUCUUUCGUUCCCAGAAGCACUUGCUGCCACGAUAACACAAGAAGACAAGGAAGAUAGUCUGGAGACAGUGCAGUCAACCUGGGGAAUGUGAAGUAGCCUACAGCGUUAAAUCAAGUUAAUCUCUGGGACUGAUGCCCCUUUGAGAGGAAGGUAGCAGCUGUAGUGUGCUUGGGCCUGACAACCCACAACUAAACUGCAGGGUCAUGGGGCGCCUGGACGAGCCAGCCAAGAAGAGGAUCGUGGAGCUGCGGCGAGCAGGGCUGAGUUUCCGCAGAAUCAAGACCGUCCUGGAACUGGACAACAUCAAGGUGUCUGCACAGACCAUCUAUCUGUUCCUCAAGAAGAAUAAGAAGAUCAAGCUAGAGCAGGAGGAGCGGGGUCUGGGGGCCGCCCCCGCUCAGAGUGGGGUGGCAGUGAGAGGCAGCGGCUGGGCAGACCAGCAGUUAUGGAGCCUCAUGCAGGACAGGUCCACUGCGGGGUACCCCAGGACCACUGGACAGCAGGGUCCAAGCCAGGCCCGGGGACAAGGCUCUGUGCUGGGGACCGGCCCCACUGGGACCCCCUGUGAUUCUGGAAGCCCCAGGACAGCUGAAGACAGCGGUGGCAGCAGCAGGAAGGGGGUAGCACAGGAGAGGAAGGAGGAGGGAAUCAAGAUUGUGAGUGUGACCUCGCUGUCUGAGACCUCGGGGCGCCUCGGAUUCCAGAAGAGAGAGGGAGUGUCUGGGGCCAUGAACAAAGGGAGCUUUCCUCUCAAUCCAGCUCCACAGAGAGGCCCUCAGGCUACUUGCAGUGUUCCACAUCUCCAGGGAUCCAACCCAGGGAGUGCCCUGCCUGCCAACUCCAUUUCCAAAGCACUCCUGGCAGCCACCAACCGGAGACGAGUCCCCUUCACCCAGCCCAGGAACCCCACCCUCAUUGCCCGCAAGAGGCUGGUCGAGAAGGCCAUCCUUCACAAAAUGAAGGUGAAGGAGACCGGCAGUCAGAACAGCCAGCAGAUGGGUCAGCCUUCUAGGAGGGGGCAGUGUUACAUUGAGAGUGCUCCCCCCAACACCAUGACAGGAUUCUCUGUCUCUUCAGGGAGCUUCAGCUCAGCGGUAACCGUGACAGGAGUGCAAAACAGCCCUCUUGUUUACAGCACCCCCCGGCAGCGUCUCCAGGGGGCUGUUACUUCCAGUGUCAGCCGUGGCCCCACUGUGAGCACCACAUCACCUGCCUCCAUGAUGAGAGGAGCCAGCGCCCAGAGCAGCACAGGUCCAGGCCAGGCCCAGAGCAGCAGUGCACUUCUCACUUCCAGUGGCAACCCCAGCACAGACUCCAGCCACCCUGCCAAACGGACUACUGCUCUCCCUGCCAGCACAAGAGUCAGCCUCACCCCCUGCAUGGGCACCAGCCCAGGGCCUUGUGGUGGCAGUGCGGUCCUGGAGCAACUGGGGAAUCUUAACACCCAGCUGAGGACACUAAGCAGCGUUGUCCUGCUACUGACUGAGCAACAGGGCCGGCUGGAGAGAGAACAAGCGCAACAAACCCAGGUGCAGAGGCAGAUCCUGAGCACCCUGCAGGGACUGGCUACCAGCCUCAGACCAGCACCUCCCAGCCCUGCCCCCUGCACAGAGAGCCCUGCUCCUGGACAGGCACCGUAUACGCCCACUACUCCAGACCCCUCUCACACCAAGCCAGUCAGUGCCCCUUCAGGGUACUACAACAUCACCGACCCUGCCUCCAGACAAUAUGAGCCAAUCAGCUGCAGCUCCACCCCACCUGGCCACCUUCAAUACAAACCAAUGAGCUUAAACUCCGCCCCUCACGAGCAUAACCACUACCAGAGCUCCGACUCCACUUCUCUCAGCCAAAUAUGCUUCCCCCCAAUCAGUAUGGACUUGUCCCCUCCAGACCACACACACUUCUCUCCCACCAGCCCGGACCCCGCUCCCCCCACAGACCCCGACACUCAGUUUAACAUCUUUAAAGUUGAGCUGUUUUGAUGGAACCUGUGGGAAUCAAUGUAUUUAGGUUUUGUAUUGUUUAAUUAAACACUAGAGCCAUGAUGUACCACUCGUCAGUGGCACUGAAGUCGUCCAAUCUGUCAGUAAAGGAUUCAGGCUUUUAGCUGGCUCUUUGAUUGGAAGUGACCACAGUGUCUUAGAAACAUUGGGCUGGAAAUCCUUUUCGUGAUAUUUCAAUAUGCUGUACUAAAAAAAAAAAACAACAAAAAAAAAAAAACAUCUCAGACUAUAAAAAAUGUAGCCUACCUUUCGUUGUCAUUAAAUCAGCAUCCUCAGUGAUGCCUUGUUUUCCGAUUAGUCUUUGCCUCAUUGAAUCCUGUUGAUUCUGCUGCAGCACUGCAUGUGCUCUUCCUGUGUUUCAGGACCCUGACCUGCAAAUUCACCUGUGCCAAUAAUGCGAAACACAUUGACAUAGUGGACUUGUCUUGGAAAAGUUUGGCUAUUUUUAACACUGCAGUUUAUUAUGUAAAACAUUGAGGAACUUGUGAGGAGAUGUGAAAAGUAUCGGUUAUUACUAUAUACACAUACAGUACUAGUUUAGUUUCUUGCUACUUUUGUAUCAUCAGUAGUUCAUUUUUUUCCCCGUUAAAAAAGUUUGCACUGGAGAAAAUGCCCAGACGAAAUUGAGCACAUGUUUUGUCAAGUCUGGGUAAAGCAGGCCUGGUGGUUCUCAAUAAACCUCAGUCAUCUGGGAAACCCAAGCAAGUUUUUAUUUCAACCAGGACCUUAACGUUCAUUAUCCCCCUGUUGUUAGACUUCAAACAACAGUACAGUAGUAUGUACUGUAAUCAUGUGCUGUAAAGCAAAUGCUAGGAUUCUUCCAUGUCUGGACUGAAAAGGCUAACCGUGUUUGUGAGUCUGUCAUUCACAUUAUCCAGGUGUUGAGUUUCUUUUUUUAUUUUUUUAAAUGUGUUUGUUAAAUGAGAGUUGACUGUAUCACAAUAUUUAGUUGCAUCUUGAGAAGUGUUCAUCCAGUUCUGAUGUAAGGGCAUUACCUAGAAAAGGUUCUUAAAGGCAUCUAGGUUAUGGUAAAGCACUCAUGGAAGAGUUAUAUGAUUGGAUAGCCUGAUGAACGUCAAAAAGGACUUUUACAACUGGAAAAUCCUCAGCUAAAAGGCUUAGAAAUAAAAUUUAAAAAAAAACUAGCUCUAAAGUUGCAAGUAAGUUGGGCUCCCUAGUGGCGCAUCCAGUAAAAGCACUCGCUAGAGUGCAGGAUGCGCUCUAUAGCCUGGACGUCGCGAGUUCGAGUCCAGGCUAUUCCACAGCCGACCGUGGACGGGAGCUCCCAGGAGGCGGCGCUCAAUUGGCCGAGCGUCGCCCGGGGGGAGGGAGGGUUAGGUCGGCCAGGGUGUCCUCGGCUCACCGCGCACCAGCGACCCCUGUAGUCUGGCCGGGCGCCUGCGGGCUUGCCUGUAAGCUGCCCAGAGCUGCGUUGUCCUCCAACACUGUAGCUCUGAGGCGGCUGCACGGUGAGUUCACAGUGUGUAAAGAAGCGGGCGGCUGACGUUGCAAGUAAGUCAGUUAGUUCCCUGUUUUGGUAUAUAUUUUUUUUUGUUGUACCGUAAUGACUGAUGACUAAUACAAAGAAACAAAAUGCAAUCAUUUGUUUUGUUGGAGUGGAAAAAAAAGUGUUUGUUUUUUUUUUUUUUUUUUUUACUUAUACAACCCAUUUUUUAAAGUAACAAUACAAUUUUUUCCAUACAAUUACAAUAAAAAAAUUACUUUUACUCCAAUGCACACAAACUCAAGCUGAAUGGAAAAAAUAGAAGCCUGUACUAAUUACACUUUUGUGUUGUUCACUGGUCCUGCGGAGUACAUGAGUUAAUUUAAAUCAACCUAAUUACAUUUUUUAAAACGGUAAAAACUGAAUUCACAAAAUUCUAACAUAGUGCCCUAACUGUUAUUUAUGAACCUGUUUUUGCUUUAAUUCACUGUCAAUGUUGAUUUGUGAUGUUAAAGCUGAAAACCAUGUUAGAAAUCACGUUAGAUAUCCCUACUUCUGUAAUGCUAAUAAUACUGAAUACUAAAAAAAAUACUUUGUUUAAAUGUUCAAUAUUAUUGCAAAUGUCAUCCCUUUACAAGAGAUUAAUGAUGACCUUAGAAUGCUAUGGGUAAGACAAAAAAAAAAAAAGAUACAUUGCACAUUCUUUGAAAAAAAGUUUUAAAA